AUGGCUAUCUUCAGCAGACCCGAGGCCCCCGCUACCGAAGAGCACGGGGUUGAUCAUCCCGGCACUGCUUCAUCCCAGUCUGCACUUGACGGUGAUAUAUUGGAACUUCGUGCACGACCCCUCACAUUGCAGAUCACAAUCAACAUUGGCGACAUCCCUUUGCCCGCUGUCACGGUUACCGCCACACAGCAACGGCGGUACGUACGCGGGGAAGAAGACAUUCGAGCGACGUGGGACACGUACCUCGCAAACAUUCAAGACGCUCUCACACGCCAGAUGGAGAUCAUGGUCAGAAACAUGAUGUCGGAGGCAGCGGAGGUGCAGCGUCAUUACCGCACUGAGCGUAUUAACUAA